AUGACGAUACUCACAAACCCCUUAUAUCGUCCUCUUUUGGAAAUAAUCAGAUCAGCCAGAAAUGGUAUAGUAUAUGGCGGGAAAUUGCGGUUUUCCCAUGCGCUUGUCAUAAACCUUUUGUACAGAUCGGGUCCACUAGGUCCACGUAUGAAGUCGGUGUUGGAGGCCUCAAAGGACCAUGCUGAAGUAUUGGCUUCAUUUGCCAUAAUUUAUAAAUUGACAGUCAAAAUCCUACAAAAUGAAGCCUUUUUGGGACCCAAAAACACACAAUUGCCCAAAUUCAUUGCAGGCUGUUUAGGAUCGUGGAUUGUUUAUUCCGGUCACUUCAAUUUGUUUCAUGGAGGAAUCACACAUCAAAUCACCUUGUAUUGUUUUUCAAGAGUCAUUAUUGCACUAGGAAAGAUUCUAUUGGAUAACUACCUUGGCUGUUUUCAACCAUCUUUUACAAACUUUGCUGGUGAUCAAAUUGGGUAUCGUGAUUUAACCCUGCAUCAGCAGAAAAAACUAAAGAAUAUGAUUUAUAACAGACUGUGGAAGUAUUUCGCCAUAUUGGUUUGGGGAUUGGUUAUGUUGAUUUAUGAUUACAGGCCACAGUAUUUGCAAAGCUCGUUGAGACAUUCAAUGGCUUAUAUUUACGAUGUGGAGAUGGACACAUGGUCGAAUUGGAAGGACUUCUUGGGGAUUUGA